AAAUUUUGGAACCGUGAGAGCUGCCCGCGCUCGGGCGAAUCGACGACACAGCCUUGGUUGCGCCAAACUGUUUCCUCCGUGCAAUUGACCGCCUGGGCACGCUCGCAACAUGUCGCGCAAACAAGUGGAUCAGCGCAUUCAGACGCUCAUCCGCAAUGGCUUGCAGGAGAAGAAGAGGAGCUUCUUCGUCGUGGUGGGCGACCGCUCCAAGGACGUGAUUGUGCAUCUACACUACAUAAUGUCUAGUAUGGACAUCAAGCAGAACAAAUCUGUGCUGUGGGCGUACAAGAAUAAGCUGCUUGGCUUUACGAGUCAUCGCAAGAAGCGCGAGCAAAAGAUCAAGAAGGAGAUUAAGCGAGGCAUCCGCGAGGCCAACUCUGAAGACCCGUUCGAACUCUUCGUGUCGCUGCACAAUAUCCGAUACACAUACUACAAGGAGACGGACAAGAUUCUGGGAAACACCUUUGGCAUGUGCAUUCUGCAAGACUUUGAGGCGCUCACGCCCAAUAUCCUGGCACGAACAAUCGAGACGGUCGAGGGCGGCGGCCUUGUCGUCAUGCUGCUCAAGGGCAUGAACAGUCUGCGACAGCUCUACAACCUGUCCAUGGACGUCCACUCUCGGUACAGGACCGAGGCCCACACCGAUGUCGUCGCGCGGUUCAACGAGCGUUUCCUGCUGUCUCUGGGUCGCUGCGAGUCUUGUCUGGUUAUUGAUGAUGAGCUAAACGUGCUGCCCAUAUCGGGCGGCAAGGACGUCAAGGCCCUCCCGCCGCCGGACCUGGAUCAGCCCAAGACGGAGCAGCAGAUUGAGCUCGACGGCAUCAAGGACGAGAACCAGGAGAGGCAGCCGGUCGGGUCGCUCAUCUCGCUCGCGCGUACCGUGGACCAGGCAAAGGCGCUUCUCACCUUCACGGAAGCCAUCUCCGAGAAGACUCUGAGGAGCACCGUCGCGCUUACUGCCGCCAGAGGUCGAGGCAAGUCUGCUGCCAUGGGUGUCGCCAUUGCCGCCGCCGUGGCGUACGGAUACAGCAAUAUUUUCAUCACUUCCCCAUCACCAGAAAACUUGAAGACCUUGUUCGAGUUCAUUUUCAAGGGCUUCGAUGCACUUGGUUACGCCGAUCAUGCCGACUAUUCCAUCAUCCAGAGCACAAACCCCGACUUUAACAAGGCGAUUGUGCGAGUAAAUAUUCACCGGCAGCACCGCCAGACCAUUCAGUAUAUUCGGCCCCAAGAUUCCCAUGUUUUGGGUCAAGCCGAGCUGCUUGUUAUUGAUGAGGCGGCUGCCAUUCCCCUUCCCCUCGUGCGCAAGCUUAUGGGACCCUACCUGGUCUUCAUGGCCUCCACCAUCAACGGCUACGAGGGAACCGGUCGGUCUCUGUCUCUCAAGCUCAUCAAGCAGCUGCGAGAGCAAUCGCGAUCCGCUUCCAUCACCAACGGUGACACCGAACUGGCUGAUAGGUCAACCGGCAAGGCUGCCAAGACGGAAGAGUACCAGGCUGCAAGGAAGCUGCGUGAAAUCACUCUGUCCGAGCCCAUCCGAUAUGCCAAGGGCGAUGCUGUGGAGAAGUGGCUGAACAAGCUCCUGUGCCUAGACGCAACACUGCCCAAGGCCAAGGCUAACGUUCAUGGCUGCCCUGACCCCAAUCAGUGCGAGCUUUUGGCCGUCAACCGCGACACCCUCUUCUCCUUCCACCCCGUCUCCGAAGCAUUCCUCCAACAAAUGGUGGCGCUGUACGUCGCAAGCCACUACAAGAACUCGCCCGAUGACUUGCAGCUCAUGAGCGAUGCGCCGGCGCAUGAGCUCUUCGUCCUGGUCCCCCCGAACGUGGAGGAUACCGGCAAGCUGCCCGAGCCCCUGUGCGUCAUCCAGGUCGCGCUGGAAGGCAAGAUUAGCAGACAGAGCGUUCUUAACAGCCUGAGCCGUGGCCAGCGGCCUCAUGGCGAUCUCAUCCCCUGGUUGGUGAGCCAGCAAUUCCAGGACGAGGACUUUGCUUCCCUCUCCGGCGCCCGUGUCGUACGGAUAGCGACCAACCCAGAGUACGUGUCUAUGGGCUACGGAUCAAAGGCUCUGGAGCUCCUGACCGACUACUAUGAGGGUCGCUUUGCCUCCCUGUCCGAGGACGACGACCAGGUCAUGGAGGAGAAGAUGCAUCGGGCCACCGAUGCCGAGUUGGCCAAGGCGUCGCUACUGAGCGAGGAGAUCAAGAUCCGCGACCAGGCGAAUAUGCCGCCGCUGUUUGCCAAGUUGAGAGAGAAGAGACCGGAGGCUCUGGACUACAUUGGUGUCAGCUACGGUCUGACGAAGCCUCUCCACAAGUUUUGGAAGCGCUCGGCAUUUUCACCGGUAUACCUGCGGCAGACUGCCAACGAUCUUACCGGCGAGCACACCUGCGUUAUGCUCCGGCCGCUUGAGAACAGUCAGGACAGGACUUGGCUGGGGGCGUUCUCCCGAGACUUUCAAAAGCGCUUCCUGUCAUUGCUGUCGUACCAGUUCAGGGGCUUCACAACCGCCGAGGCGCUUAGUAUCGAUGAGUCCGCCAACGCUGGCGCAAAGUUAGACUCGGUCGAGGCCCCCGCCAUGGACAAGUACGAGCUGGACCGCAACUUCUCGCCCUUCGACCUGAAGCGGUUGGAGUCGUACGCGAACAACAUGCUGGACUACCACGUCAUCCUGGACAUGAUGCCGGUCAUUGCCAAUCUGUACUUCUCGGGCAAGCUCAAAGGCGACAUCAAGUUGACGGGCUUGCAGCAGUGCAUCCUAUUGGGCAUUGGCUUGCAGCGCAAGGAGAUCGAUGCCAUUGGAAAGGAAUUGGAUGUACAGCCGUCGCAGCUCCUGGCCAUGUUUAUCAAGAUCCUUCGCAAGGUGACGGCACACUUUGGUACGCUAGUGUCCGCCGCCGUCGAUGCGGAGAUGCCCAAGCCCGAGAAGAUUGGUGUCUCGAGGGCCGACGCUAGCGGCGCGCACGAUGACGAAGUGGUGGACGAGCGCUUCGCACCCUUGUCCACGUCUCUCGACGACGAGCUGGAAGAGGGUGGGGACGAGGCCCUCACGGCGCUCAGGCAGAAGCAGAGGGAGCUGAUUGACUCUCUGCCGCUGGAUCAGUUCGAAAUUGAGGGUGACGCCCCUGCCUGGGCAGAGGCUGAGAAGCAGGUCAAGAGCGCCACGAGGGACGGCAAGUCGAACACAGUCGUUAGCGUAAAGUCUGGCAAGCAAAAACGCAAGGUCGGGCAAACGGCGGCCGAAGUCUACGAGGAGGCCAUGGGCGACAAGUCUCGCAAGAAGGCCAAGAAGGGUAAGAAGUCUGCGUAAAGUGACGCAUAGAUUUGUUCUGGUUGCAAAUUGCAUGCAUGGAUACGGCGUAUCGGGAUGCGAUUUUGGGCUGGUCGUUGUUUACCUUUCGUUGAUGGGAAGUCUGUUACAAGUCGGCUUGGUAGAUUCCCAAAGAGAGUUUAUACCAGUAAACAUUGUUUGGCUGCCCCUGGAGAUCUUGGGUUGCGCCUG